AUGAAGGAGUGUCUGUGUAAAAAGGUUACAUUAUUUGUGUCCUUACAUAUAUUAAUAUUUAUUGUGAUAAACUACAAGUGGUGUAGUUUUUGUUUUAUAAUAAAUAGAAAUGGAAUCAUGAAAGAUACAAAUAUAAUAAUAGAUAAUAUGAAAAAGAGGAGGGUGAGAAGAAAAGGGCCUGUAUCUGUAAAUAGUUUUAUAUUAAGAAAUAAUAAAAUAAGGGAAGUAAAAAAGGAAGAAAAAAAUAAUAAGAUAAAUAAUAAAAGAAUAUAUUUGUUUGAUAGAAGUGUUGAUAAAGUAAGUGGUCAUUUUUUACAAGACAGAGGAUUAUUUAUAGAAGCUGAUAAGAAGAUGAAAAUUAUUGAAGAGAUAGAAAAGAUGACAACAUUAGAAUAUAAGAACGUUGAGAAAUAUUUGAAUGUAUUAAGUGAAAAUGAUGUAUAUGAAGAAGUUAUAAAUCAUAAAUUUUAUAUGUAUAAAAAAAAUAAUGAGAAAGAAAAACAUGAUAGGUUAAUAAAAAUACAAGAAUUUUUAAAUCCUUUUAUAAUAAAUAUAAGAAAAAAAAAGGCAAAAGAAAAAGUUGAAUAUUUAAUAGCUUGUAUAAUAAAAGGUGCAAAUAUAGAUGAAGUAAUAACAGAAAUGUUUAAAAGAAAAAUGAUAGAUGUUUAUGUAUUAACAUUUAUAGAUGAUAAAAUUAUUGAAGCACAUACAAAGUUAUUAAAAGAUGAUAAAUUAAAUAAUAAAGAAGAACAAAUGAGUAUAUCUGAAAAAAUAUUAAGAACAUUAAAAGAUCGUAUUAUAUCUCAACAAAAAUUAAAUAAAAAAGGAACCUUUGUAUUUACAAGAUUAUUAUUCUUAUCAUCUACAUUAGAUAUUAAAGAAGAUAGAAAACCUAUGAUUAAAUCUAUGAUUAAUACAAUUGAACAAUUAGAAGAAUUCGAAUUAUAUUUAUUAGAUGCUCUAGAAUAUGCCCAUGAAAAAGAAAAACUACAAAAAUAUAUACCACACAUGGAACUUUUAUUAAAUGCAUGUAAACAAAUUAAUCCUAUAUAUAAUCAAACAUUAAAUAAGCAAAGUGAAAAUAUUGGAUUCUUUCCAGAAAACAUGGAUCCAUCAAAUUUGAAGAAUUUCUAA